CCCCAGGCUAUUUUCCUUUGGCCCGGUCAUGCGCGGGCCAUGGCGGAUGAAUAUGCGGACUGGCUGGCAGCUCUACAAGCCACUUGCACCCAUGAGUUUGCUCCCUGCUGGCUGCGCAAGCGGCCUCGCAAGCUCCACGCGGGCGAGCUGCCAGCAGAGGUCGAGCUGGGUGUCAAUGGCUCCGGACUGGCGGGCGUUUAUCGCUAUGUGGAUGGCAGUGAAGUGCCCAGCUACUGCUGUCGAGAGGUGCCAGAGGCAAGGUUAGAGCUUUCCAGCUCACUGGGCUUGUGGGUUCUGACCUCCACGGAAGGUUCGGAGAAGCACCUGGGUUGCGCUGCGGUUGGAUGUGGGGACAAGAAGCACCUGAGAUGACCCGACUGUUCUACCACUUGGCGUUUUCCCGCUCUCCACGGCGUCAGCUGCUUUACGUGGGCAAUGCCGCACAGGAGUUUAUCCAGAUGGAGUGGUUCCCAGUCUUGGGCGCCGCGCCGGCGCCGAGGCUCGCGCGGCGGAACGACGCUGCGGAGCAGGGCGCGGCACUGACGCUGGACACGAUGCACCUAGGUGGGACAUCGCAUGCUCCAUGCUGUGCGUCGCGGCUCUCAGCAGAGACUGCCUCUGCGGUGCUGGGAUUUCUCUUGGACUUGCGAAGCAGCAGGUUGAGGAGUUGCAUCACCUCCCGGGCACUGUGCGAUCUCAGCUGCGACACGGCGCCCCAGAUCUCGCUGUGGCUCCUGCAGCACGCAGGCGAUGCGCAGAUCAUGAGCUGUGUUUGCAGCGCCUGGAGGCAGCUGGUGCAUCUCUACCGGUCCCGGUGGCCUCAGGACUUCCUUCGGCUUUUUCAGCUGCAAGGCAACCAUGGCUGGCCUGUGGCACGGCCUUGGCAAAUCCUCCAGGUCUUGAGCCGGUCCUGCUGGCAGAACAUGCUCCAUCUCACCGAUUUGCCCUCCUUCCGCGAACACGCCUGGCCGGUCUUCGUGACCUCUGUAGCGUUGAAGAUGCCGGUGAAGCCCCAGCCGGACAACUAUUUGGAUUUCUCUACACUGCGAUCCUUGCGGACACCCUUUGGUGCCUUUGCAUGGAAGCUCCUCCAUGAUGUGCCACUGCCGUGGGCAAAGAUGAUGGCUACCAGGCCCGCGGUACGAGAGGGGAUGACCUCGUCGCGAGCAUCGCCCUGUGAGAGCGAGACCAAGACUUUGACGGCCGACUUCCUCUAUGAGAAUUACCUGCAAGGCCAUCAGCACUUGAGCCGCUCCACGGGUUUGCUGGUCACGCCCGGUGGCUUCGUCACCUCCACGGGCUGCUUCUUGAAACGCCGCGUGGGCGCAGCCCUCCGCGAGCUGGCGCGGCAGGUGCCCUCCUUGUCCUUGACGGGAUGGAGUCAGGGCUGGUCCUCCAGCUUUCGAGAUGGUGGACAGCUUUGCUUCUUUUGCGAGCGGGACCCUGAGGAGGAGCGAUGCCGGCAGUGCAAGGACACCCGCAGCUGGUCCACGCUGUCCGCCACCUUCAGCAUGAGUUUCAAUGUCGAACUCGCCGAACCCACCCAGGUGGAGUUCGCCAUCGAGGCCCGGGCGCUGCCCUUCACCAGCAUCAGCUCCGACGGAGGAAUCUGUGAAGAGCUCGAGGAGGUCUUUGGAAAGCCUGAAGAGGAAGAAGAGAUUGAGCAAAUCGACGAAGAUGGCCUGACAGAUUGGGUGAGUUGACUUCGUCAGCCCAGUGAGUUGAGUGCAUCGUCAGCAAAGACCGGCAGG